AUGAAGAUAUGGUCACCAUAUAUUUUUCAUUUGUUAUUCUUUUCUAUUCUAGAAAUCGAUUGCGAUGGAAAGAGAAUUUGUAUCCGAAAAUUCCAUACUGUCCAGAAUGAUUCAUUUUUUCAAAGAAUUGAGGUACCGUCACCAUUGCGAUGUGCGGAACGAUGCAUUGACAAUAUUGAGUAUUGCAAAGCUGCACUGUUCAUUCCUAAAGAAAAUAAGAAUAGAGGGUUCUGUCAGCUGUAUGGUGCAAAUUCGAAUUCAAGCGGUAUUUCACUGGAUAUUUCUUUCAAUUCGAUCAGUACAGUAUUCGAAGUUCUUGAUCAGUGUCCGGUAACAAAUGGUUACGCAAGUUCGGGAAGUGAUUUGGGAGAGGCGAUAAAAUUAGAGCUAAAGCAGAAACUUGAGUCAUGGACUGACCCAGCACAGAUAUUUCAGCUUUCUAAAAAUGGAGGUCCGACCAGAAAGAGAACUAGUGGACCAGUCAGACCAGUAAUUGAUGGGUUGAUAUCAAUGGCUCAAGGUACCUUUAAUCCCUCAUCUUCACCUUACACCAACAAGUUAUUGCCGCGUGCCAAUCAUUACCCAUCUUCUUUACUGAAAAAUUCCAAUACCAGCGAUAAUUAUCCACCGAAACAGAGUUAUUCAUUUUCAACCAACGAAAUACAGCUUUCGUCACCAAUUAAACCGGUUUCUGUAAGGCAUGGUCAACAAGGAUCAAUUUAUGGCAGAUGCCAAGGAGCCAAUUGUUACGUACCGUCAUUAUCUUACCUCCAAAAAACGGACUACAAUUGGCCAUGCUCAGUUUAUUCACUUCCUUGCGAAUCAAAAAGACCUGACCCCUGUUUUACUACAUGUCCGCAAAGCGGUAUUUCUUCCCUCAGUUCGAUUCCCAAAGCAACAUUGUUGAAUGAAGAAGAAUGGCCCGGCAGCUAUAUUAACAAGAAACAGCCAUCCAAUAAAUCUAAACAAAGUAAAGAACUUUUACAAUCGCAAGGUGUACCGCACGGCCCCGUACAAUUACUGUCAACGUCGAUGCAGCCUACUGAGAGUAUGGUAAUUUCCUGGUCGGAAUGGUCACCGCAAACUCCAUGUUCGGUUACUUGUGGAAUAGGUAUCAGUACGCGAAGACGAUUUUGUUCAGUCGAUGGACAAUGUUUAGGUGAAUCCAUGAAAGAAGAAUUGUGCAGUAAUGCUCCAUGCCCAGAAUGGAAGCCUUGGUCAGAAUGGACCGCGUGCUCGCGGAGUUGUGAUGGUGGUGAGCGAUCGCGAUCGCGUGUCUGUUCUAUCAGUCAGCAAUGUGAUGGACCAUCCAUGAGCAUUGAAGCAUGCAAUGUAGAGAAGUGUGCCCAAUGGACUGCAUGGGGCAGCUGGGAAGUAUGCUCUGUAACUUGCGGAGUAGGACAACAAAUAAGACGAAGGCAAUGCAUAGGCGGUAAUAGAUGCGUUGAGGAAACUCUUGAGAAAAAGGCGUGCAAACAACUCCCUUGCCCUUCUUGGUCCAUUUGGGAAGCGUGGAGUACGUGUAGUGUUAGCUGUGGUAAUGGACAUAGGCAUCGAACAAGGAUUUGCUACGAUAGCAAAAAUUGUACCGGAGAUCCAGAAGAACAUGAAGUAUGCAUUAGGAAUUCGUGUCCGCAGUGGACCGACUGGUCUUCGUGGACACAGUGCACUGAAACUUGCGGUACGAAAGGAAAUAAACUCCGCAUAAGGACCUGUUUGAAAGAUAAUUUGAUAAGUUCGCUUUGCGAUGGUGCAGCACAAGAUCAGAUAGCAUGCCAAGAUCUUCCAGAAUGUCCUAGCUGGAUCUCAUGGAGUUCCUGGUCAACGUGUAGUGUCACCUGUGGGCAUGGGCAAGAAAACAGACAACGAUCCUGCCUUCCGAUAGGCGCGAAAUGUAUCGGUACUGAGAGCGAGUUUCGAUUUUGUCAGGAAUCGGUGUGUCCUUACUGGGAUGAAUGGUCUCCAUGGAGUUCAUGCUCUGUCACCUGUGGUUCUGGAACUCGUGAACGAAGAAGAAAAUGUGUAAAAGACGGUGUAAUUAAGGCUGUAGCUAAAGAAGGCUUCUCUUCAGGAAGUGGUCAGCAUGCAUAUUUAACAAACAGUAUCAAACAGAAAGUUAUUCCUCUAUAUAUGAGUGAUCGAUCCGCAAAUGAUCAAGUUGACAUUAAAAUGCAGAGUAAUACUGCGCAACGCAGUGGUAAUCCAUUAAUGUCAACUAACUCCUUCGUUGAUGGAAAUAUUUCUGUGGUUAAGAUUAUUCGAGACAAUAACGGUUGCACUGGAAAUGCUGUUGACAGUGAACAGUGUGAUGCAGGUCAUUGUUGUAAGCUGUCUGAGUGGACAAUGUGGAGCGCCUGCAGCGUAAGUUGUGGUGGCGGAACUCGUGAAAGACACCGAAAAUGUUCUCAGGAUGUGCCGCAAAAUUAUGAACUUAGCAGGUCCUCAUAUUAUUCAAAAUUGAUACGAAAGCAUAUACCAGUGGGGCCUACUCCGCAGCACAAAUUUCGUCCUGUUGUCUUUGGGCAGUAUGGGAGAUCAAAUUAUGAAAGACAAGGCAUGAUAAAAUCAUUUGCAGCCGAAUUUUGCAAUAAUAAUAUGUUAAGAUCAAGUUUGCAACCGAUUGUACCAGUAAAACGAUUAGAUAGCUUAACACGAACACGUCGGCAAACAGAAACCGUUCGUAAAUUUGGACUGUUUGAACAAGAACUGCGUGAGGAAAAUAGCUGUGCCCAAAUAUCAUGCCCUGAAUUAAGCAAUGCUCGUACAUGCGGUUGGUCUCAUUGGACCGAAUGGUGCGGUUAUACAAGGUCAUGUAAUCAGGGUGAUCGGAUACGUACUCGAUACUGCGUUGAUGGUAUUUCAGCAAACGAUAAUACAUCAAAUAGCAACACUGAAAAAGACCUUUGCAUUCUUUCGGAAUGCUCCAUAGGGCGAGAAUCAGGAUUAGUAACAAGAGAACAGAGUGCAGGACCUUGUCUGUAUUCAGUUCAGUCGGACUUCCAUAAUCUUUUCCAACACAGCUUUCGUCAAAUAAUGUCAACCGUCAGUCGUGAUAAUGACAUGGAUUGUUUGUGGUCUUCAUGGAAUUCAGAAACUUCUUGUAUAGGUGGCUUCAAAACGAAAACACGAUCCUGUAUUGGAAUUUCAACAAAAACUAAAUGUCACUGUGAUGGUAAACUUGAGGAACAAAUUGUGUGCCUUUGUCCACGGCUGGAAAUGGUAAGAUCAAAUCAGAAGGUCGGUGCAGCAGCAGAAUUCACAUCACUAUCACCACUGAUAACGUCGAAACAAAUUGCAAUGCCUGAAGAACGAAUGACAGUUUAUCCCAGUAAUUUCACCAGAGCUUCUUGUUCAUGGUCACAGUGGGGAAUGUGGAGUAUUUGUUCUGAGACUUGUGGUGCAGGCAAGACCAUACGAAAACGUUUCUGUCCUUGCAGGUUCUGCAGUUUUGGAGAAUCUUUGGAAGUGCAAUUCUGUGAGUUGAUGAAGUGUUAA